AUGGCGAGUACCCCGCAGAAUUUGACUCAAGCAGUAGUUUCGUCCUUGCUACGCUUUGGCGACAAGUCCGCAUCUCAACAAGGCACUGAGAUGUUGCCUCCGAACUACAUGAUCAAUCUGGUCCUUGAAAAGACACCGAGACAUCUCAUCAAGAUGAAGCGCAACCAGGACGGUUUGCUCGAUGCACGCAUCCCACCUGAUGAUCCCCGUGCCACAAUGCAAGUGGACCAUGCUGAGUGGAACGCUGUGAACUCCCCUUUGCUCAAGCUCCCCGGGGAAUUGCGUAAUCUUAUCCUUACUAUGGCUGUGACGGGUGGUAAAAUCCACACUUCCAAAUCUAGGAAGAAGGACCCUCUCCCUUCCCCUUCACCAGCAAAGCGAACGACCACAAAUGGAGCAAAUCGGCCUCCAAGAGUCUACAAACCUAGAAUCAACGUACGUGAAGGAAUGCCAUUGGCCCCAGCAACUUGUCGCCAACUGUAUCUUGAGAUUGGGCUGCGUGUCUACUUCGGAAAUGAAUUCACGUUUACAAACGUAAGGACACUAUUUAAGAUAUGGAACCACAUGCAACACAUCCAUCGUAGAGCUAUCAGAGAGAUUCGGUUCCCUUGGUUUCUUCCUAAACCACUAUACUUCGGCAACUUGUCUGAUUGUGGUUCGCAGACAGUGAUCAGGAUAGAGGUGACCGAUCUUGAUCUCGAAAAAGUACGAGAUUCCUUUCUUCAGGGAGUCACACUCGGCCCGCCGGCCACGGUUCACUUUAGACAGGAGCUCGGUCUACCUUCCCGAACAUUGGGUUGCAGGAUUGAGCUUAUAGCCGUGAAGUCUAAAGCAAGGCUAUCUGAAAAUCCUACAUUGUCAGAAGUCACCGAGGCCAUUCGAUUGGAAGAACAUGCCAUUCGAUUGGAAGAACAUGCCAUCCGAAUGAAAGAAUAUGCUAUCCGAUUGGAAGAACAUGCCAUCCGAUUGAGAGCACAUACCAUCCAAGUAGAAAGACCUGCCAUCCGAUUGGAAGAAUAUGCCAUCCGAUUGGAAGAACAUGCCAUCCGAUUGGAAGGACAUGCCAUCCGAUGGGCAGAAAAUAAAUUCUAG